AUGGCAGUCACCAAAACCACACUUCUCGAGCGCGCAAGACACAUCGCGCACAACUUCGACCCGAAGGACGAGGACAUCAGAAGGUGCGCUACGGAAUUUAUUAGAGAGCUGAGGCUUGGUUUGCAGCAGACGACCCCGUCUAUGUGCCAGAUCCCAACCUAUGUCACUCAAAUCACGAGUGGCAGCGAGAAGGGUCUGUCCCUCGGCGUCGAUCACGAAGAACGGGUCUAG